AUGGCCGACUCUAGUACAGGUCCGCGAACAAGCAGACCCAAGUCCCGACAGUCCAUUGCCCUCAUGCCAUCAACCAGAGGAUCCGCUUCACGAGACAAUGCGACAACUGACAUUGCCGCUCUCAAAGCCCAGGAUGCGGAAGCUAUAGUCGCAAAGAGGAAGCAGCGUGGCAAAAGCCUAGGGCCCGGCGGUCUCGAAGCUCUGAGAGAGUCCUCAGGGAAUUCAACCAAGACAACAACGCCCUUUCAAAUCAAGUCAAUCUUAAAGCCUACGAUACCUCUUACACCGCCCAAAGCGAUUCCUACAUUUGACGAACUCCGGAAACGCAGCACGGGAAAGGGAAAAUCACCCGCAAAAAGUGCGGCUGAAGAGCUUUUGAUUGACUUCUCCACGCCCGGUCCUAGCAGACAAGAUAGCAAAGAAGUGUCAUUAUCAGGCGCUGAGAAUGUUGCUGAUCCAUUCAGCCCUAUGGCACGACGGUCGCCACGCAAGAGCAAUGCGGGUGAACAGAGCGCAGGAGCACUCGAGCUGGAGCAGGAGGAGGAACGCCAGCGCCAGGCGGAAAAGGCGGCUAUACUCGAACGACGAGCAGCGAGAAGGAAAUCAAUGGCCAAUCGUCGAGUUUCCUUCGCACCUGAGGCUACUUUGCAUACCUGGAGUGUCAUGGAACUCGUAGAAGAUUCGACAACAAGUUCUGCCUCGAAUUCCACAAGAAGACAGUCCUCGAUAACUGCGCAACAAUCCCCCGACAAGUCGCUUCGGUCGCCUGAUCGGGUACAAACUCCUGCAACCCCUACUGCGCAAACUGAAGAAGACGUGGUCAAGGAGUCCCCAGCGAACCAACGAGACCUGCACCAAAAGAAGCGCCGUCGCAGAAGUUCUGGUCUUGCUGAGCCAAUGCUAGAUGCUACUGAUGAGUCUGUUUACUCCUCGAGCCCUUCAGGAGACGUCGCAACCAACAGCAGCCCAAUGCGGGUUGAGGAAGGCAUUGAGUCCUCGGAUGAGUCAGAUACCGAUGGUGAUACUGCCAUGAGUAUGGACGAAUCGACCGUGCACUCGACAAAUUCUGAAGAAUCGGCGUCAAGCUCUCACUCCAGUCUGGACGAUCGACUUCGUCAAGCAGCAAAUCAGGCUGGCACUCGUGGUAUUGAACACGAUGAAUAUGGCGAAGAUCUUCCCAUGGAAAUGGCCACUGGUACUAUCACGAGCGCUUUCCAGCCUUGGGCACUCAAUCGAGCAGCGGAGAAUGACAAUAUCACAGUACAUGACCAGGAAAAUGUCUACCCAGUCUUGCCUUCCUUGCCAGCAGACGAGGGUGAUGAUGUGGAGAUUGAGGACGACGAUGAAGAAGAAAGUCAUGAGAUGAGUAUGGAUGUGACGAGUGCAGUUGGCGGAAUUGUCUCCAGCCUGUCGCCUGAACAACAUGUUGCUAAGUCACGUCGCAAAAGCGGCAUCCGUCGUCGUCGAUCUUCUGUCAAUGAGUCUGUCAUGGACGAAACUAUGGAGUUCACUGUCAUGCAGGGGGGAAUUAUUGGCACGGGGGGCGACAAUACCACGAACAGUCGUGCUUCAGAUGAAGAUAUCAGUAUGGAGUUUACGCAUGCGGCUGGAGGUGUUUUGGACGCCGCCAUUCGCCGGGAGUCCUUGCAAUCCGAGGUGGUUGAUGAGAACACCGCCAUGGACAUGACCGCAGCUGUUGGUGGGAUUUUGCCCCCUAUUGAUGAGCAGACUGAGCCACAGACAGAUGUCGAAGACCAGACCAUGGCCAUGGAGACCACAAGAGCUAUCGGUGGCAUCCUUUUCAAUAGCCAGCGUUCAAAGCGACAAUCUCUUCUGGAUCAGACGCAAAACCUGCCCAGACCCGAUGUGGAUGAAGAACAAACAACGACUAUGGACAUGACCAAAGCUGUGGGUGGCAUCCUCCCGGGUGAUAAGCGAGCAAGACAGUUUCUUACGGGCGAGACCAUCCCCUCACCACAGGCAAUGCCAGAACCUGAAGGUGACGAGGAAGACCAGACUAUGGCUAUGGAUAUGACCAGGGCUGUAGGAGUUAUUCUGCCCGGCGGCCAACAAGCUACGGACAUGCCGCCUCCGAACGAGUCGGCGACUGCAUCAUCACCACGUCCUCGGCCAACAGAACAGACCACACUGAGAUCUACACCGAGGUAUCAACACCAUAGAACUUCGAUCGCCUCUGAAACUGGGAGUCCAAGUCUUUCGUUGAAACCUCGAUCAUCGGCCAGGUCUCAACGCAGCGCCUCAAAACCAUCUACCACGCCACAUGGCAAAGUCCAUGACACUACACCAGUCAAGGCGACAACGCAAGCCCUGCGGGGUACUCCUUCAAAGCAGAUUACACCCAUCCCUACAAAGCCGGAGUCUCCCAACAAAACUCCUCUCUCCGCAAAUGUUGUUCACAGGGGCGCCUCACCCAAGAAACUAUUUAAGGCAGAAAUCAAAGCUAGGGCAUCGCCCGCCUCCACGAAGCGAAAUCAUCUCUUUUCACCUGGAAGUCAGACCCCGAGCAUCGUCCUGAAAGCCACCAGACCAUCUAUUGCUCGCCGGCGCUCGAGUGGAAUUGGCAUUGGUAAAAAUGGGAUAGGCUCCCCUCGAGUCACUGAAUUGCUAGAUCGUCGGUCUUCGAUCGGUGACGCUGCGCCUCACUUCAAGCUUGUUAGUAUAGAGCCGGACAAAUUGCGGUCUGAAGAUCCACAGCAGAUCGCGCAGGAAGUCGAGGCCGAGAGAGCAGAAGAGCACCGGCGCGAGAGCGGGCGACUCAUCAUGGAGCAAGAAGCCGACGAACCCCAAGAGGAAAACACUACGGCAACGCUAAAGGAUAUGAUUGAGUCAAUGACACCACAGAAGCCGAAAGGCAGCAAGGUCAAAGGAAGGAAGAGCUUUGCCGUUGGUGCGGCCAAAGGCUUGCUGGGGAAAAGACCUGCAGAGCUGGAUAUGGAUGAUAACGAUGAGCCCGACUCUACACCGAAACGCUUACGGGUUGUUUCCAGAGAAAGCAGCCCGGUAAAGCAGAUCCGUCUGCCAAAGCCUCCGAGCAAGGACGAGACGACCGGCAGGCUUGGAGCCAAAUUGCAGAAAUCGUUGCAAGACAUGGCCAACACGGACAACAUAACACCAACCCUACGAGUAGCUUCGCCGACCAAGAACACCAUCCCGCAGAGCCCAGCUCAUACUGGACGAUUCAGGGAUGUUGAGGCUAGUGCUGAUGCAAGACCAGAAUCGUUUGAGGACAAACUUGACAAUGUUAUGGGAGCAAUCGACAUUUCAACUGCUCAAAUGGAUGUGGGAGCUGCUAAAUUUCAUGAGGAGAAAAUCUCCCUGCAACAGUUCCUCAACAUGACAAAUAUCCACUUCAUUGAGUUGUCGACUACAAAGCGAAGGCACACAAUGGCACAAUCAAUGCCCACCAGGCCGUCCCAAGAAGGCAUGGGUGGCAGCAGCACUGAAGCAAGUUUUGUUGCAGCUGCUACCACACUCCCUCUUCUCGAAUUGUACCAGCAUGCCACAAGAGAGCUCAAGACCUACAUUUCCACCGGCCGAAAGAUCAUCCGCUCUAUUGAAGCGGAAACACUUGCUGAACAGCCAGCCCUCUUUCGCGAGUACGUAGAUGCGCGUCCAGACAUGAAGGUUAUCAUGGACAAUCAAUUUCGAAACGGCAAAGCCCACGCUCGACUUCAAAGCAAGGAAGGGUGGUACCAAUGGAGAACACAGCUGGUAGACGGUCUCAAGACCGGGCUUCAAGGUAUUGAUGAAGGCAUGAAAGCUGAUCUCGAACUUUUGCAACAACAGCAACAAACGCUAGAUGAUGUGCUCCCGGUACUGCACCAGGAACGGGCCGAUCUCGAGAGUCACAAGUCCUCGUUAGAGCAAAGCCUUAAAGAGCUGGACAGUGUCAAUCAUGAAGCCUUGAACGAUUGCCGUCGCCAACUCCAAAACGCUGACGAAUACUUCCUGCAGAGAUCUGCUUUGCUCGACUCCCUGCAAGAACAAAUGAAGGAGAAAGAAGAAGCACUUCGAGCUGCUGACGAGUUAAAGAGCGAAAUGAAAGAUCAAAUCGCAGAAGCUGACCGAGUACGUGAAGAACACAAAGGUUGGCCUGUCUCAGAUGUCUUGGCUCUGAAGUCCAGAGUCGAGGCCAUUGAGAAGCAAACCGGUUGGCGACUUGUCAGUGCUGAAGAGGAAGUGGACGAGCCAAUUGACCUGGGUGCUGCUCUGGUCAUGACAUACAAAGAUGAGCUGAGGCUCUUCUUUUAUCCUCAAUCGUUCCAGUGCAAGGUGAUGGACGCGCCUCGACGCAGAUCAGGGAGGAGAUCUGCAUCUUCAAGCGGUCCAACUGCUCCCAUCAGCCUAACAUAUGCACCUACAAACCUCGAAGACCCAGAUGCUUCUGUGUCAGAGCUCCCCACAGAGAAGCGCUUCUUCCUGCAACUAAUUAGGAGUCAGUUACACGCCUAUGCGAUGAUGCCGAAGAGGUCGGUUGCGUCCAAGACAGUGUUGGCGACAGUGUCUGAUGGCUGGAGCCUUGCUUGCAAAGUCUCUGAAGAACUACGCCUGCUCAAUUUCAUCGGCAUCUCGACUGCCACCAUCCUAAGUGAUGAGAAGCUCGGACUCAAAGUCAUGGUCAUGACUUCGAAACAAGGACGCAUUGACAUCGAGUUCGCUGUGUCUGUCACGAUUUUGAGUGACGGAAACAUUGUCACAUCCACCAACGUCACUGCAAGUGCAAUGUACGGGUUGGCCGUGGGGUUGAUCAGCGGCUCCAAGGGCAGGAAAGUGCAACACGCGUUAAGCAAGGAAGUCGAGAGCAGAACUCUCGGUGAGGGAGCCUUCCUGCAAGCUGUCCAAGGCUUUGAAGAGUGGUUGUACGGGCAGGAGAAAGCGAACCAAGAGGCCCAAAAAGAGGCAAAGACAGAGGCGACCACGCCCGCUCCUGCAACAGCGCCGGCGGAUGUCGCUCCUCAAUCUUCGUCAGCUCCGACUUCUACGACACCAGCACGGAACCCACUUGCUCCGAAACGCGCAAAUGCGAUCCAAAAGAGAGCACUGCCCAUUCCGAAACAGAGGCUGGAGAAAGUCUCGCAACAGCCAUCUCAACCCAUUCAACACGCGCAGUCGCAAGCUCAAUCCCAGGCUGAGAAGGAAAACUUCAACCCGACGGUCUCGGUGCUCGGCAAGCUGAACUCCCAACAAGACCGCAAUGGUGGCGGGGGUGGAGGUGAUUGGGAGGAAAUGGUCACGAGAGCGGCCAUGCCGCCGGACGUGCAAGAGCAAUUGUAUCAGAUGCACACGCCUAUUAAGCGGGUCGGGGCAUUGAGGAGGAGUCCGAUUCAGUAG